AUGGCGGAUGAAGAGCCUGAGAGGGAGCGGAAGCGAGGUGAUCUCGAUCGCUUCUAUUUUGACUCUUCCUGCGCAAGUUACCGCCAGAAUCCUUGCCGUACCCAAGUUCGCCCUCACAGGGACCUGAUUUCGAGAUUCGAGUCGUUCGUUCUCGGGCCUGGGGAGAAGAAGGUCGAAAUUGAAAUUGAUACUCGUGUCCCUUCCACUGCCAUAUUUACAUUCAACAAAGAGGAUCAUACUCUGGGAAACAUGAUCCGAUCUCGUCUCCUUCAGAGCCCGCAUGUCCUUUUCUCCGGAUACAAGAUCCCGCAUCCACUGGUACACAAAGUCCUCCUUCGCGUCCAGACCGAUGGUCAAAUCACGCCCAAAGACGCCGUCCUCACAGCCUGCCACGACCUAGUGAAAGACCUCGGAACGCUGAGCCGUGAAUUCACCAAGGAGUAUGAGUUGCGCAAGAUGGUCGGUGCCGGCGCACAGCAGCACGACGCACCCAACGGCCUCUAA